CUUAGAAAAAUAAUUGCCAAUUUUUAAACAUUCAAAUAGUUUAAGACUCAAUAUGUUAUGGCGCAUUAGCUCCAAAUCAUUCCUUGCAGAGAAAAUAAUUUUAAUACUGUAUACUUUGUUUAAAACUUAUUAACAUUUGUGAGAUUUUUUUUCGGUGCACUAUCAUCUGUAAUGAUUUUCUAACAUGUUUAGUUAUUAACGAAAAGUAUACACUUUCUCUCUAAACAAUAAAAUUUACAUUCAUGACGCGUUUAUGUUGGUUGCAACUCUGCAUGAGCGCUUAUGCCACUACUUAAGUAAUUAUGAACACUACACACAUCGUUUCCGACAUAAAAAUGUUAAUUACAUAACGAUGUUUCAUAACAUAUUGCUAUUCGCAGGUCUGACUGUGAUCAUAGUGAGUGAAGGUGAGUUCCCUGAACGCCUGCUGCUGCAUCAGCUACUCGACGCUGGGGUACUUGGUGGCUGCCCAACAUGUCGCUCUUGGGAUCUCCAUGGUUACUCUUGCUGCAGUGGAAGCUUUCACUACCUGUUAUUACGACUAUUACCUUUAUCAAUAUGACUGUUAUCAAUACCAGGAGUGGGCAAAUUGGACCGUGGGUUCGGGGGGAGUUCUCUGCGUCUUAGUGGCCAUACUCCUCACACUUGCCAUCAGAAAAAAGGCGUACUGUUCCUUGAUUCGAGCGUUCGUCGGCAUCACGAUACUGGUGGCGGUGGGCUACAUUGUGACCGCAUCCAUUUUAGUCUCUGAGAAUGCAGGCUGGUCUAUUUUCCUCUAUUGCAUAUCAGUUUGGCUCUUCAUCAUGACUGGGAUUGUGGCCAAGUAUGGACAGUUGAUGAUUGCCGUUCCAAGAGCGGCUGACCCCGCCUUCGCUGUAAUGACAAACUCAGCGCCGACUUCUCAGAUCCACGUUCAUCCACAACAACAAACAAACAUCAUCAACCAGACCCACAACCACCUGCUCAACCUGGCGGCUACAACAACCAAGCUGCCUUCCCGCCUGUGGCUAUCCUGCCACCAGUUCCAGCCCGUACCCACCAGCGGGGCUAAGCCCUGCCGCUCCUGCCCUGCAGUCCUACAACGGUGCCUGGGGCCCGCCAGCCAGCGCUCCUGCCAUGUGAAGGACACCUUCAUCCUGAGACCAUGA